CCACCACUAACCAUUCACACUUCAGAUACUAUUUACCAAUUUAUCAACAUCAAAACAUCAAAACAUCAUGGGUAAUGGACCUUCAAACAUGUCUGGUGCCGGAAAGGACGGUAAAGAUAAAAAAUCACAACAAAAGAAAUGGGAACCUCCAUUACCUACACGAGUUGGUAAAGCCAAAAAGAAAAGAGGUCCAUCAACAGUCAAUAAGUUACCAGCAGUUUAUCCUACGUCUCGUUGUAAAUUGAAAUUAUUAAAAAUGGAUCGAAUUAAGGAUCAUUUAAUCUUAGAAGAAGAAUUUGUUAUAAAUCAAGAAAGACUUAAACCUAAAGAAGAAAAAGCAGAACGUGAAAGAUCAGAAGUCGAUGAUUUACGUGGAUCUCCAAUGGGUGUAGGAACAUUAGAAGAAAUCAUAGAUGAUGAUCAUGCAAUCGUUUCAUCAGCUACUGGACCUGAAUAUUAUGUUAACAUACUUUCAUUUGUGGAUAAAGAUUUACUAGAACCUGGUUGUAGUGUUUUAUUACAUCAUAAGGUGAUGAGUGUAGUAGGUGUUUUAGGUGAUGAUACAGAUCCGAUGGUUAGUGUGAUGAAAUUAGACAAAGCUCCGACUGAAAGUUAUGCUGAUAUUGGUGGACUUGAUCAACAAAUUAUGGAAAUCAAAGAAUCAGUUGAAUUACCACUUACUCAUCCGGAGUUAUACGAAGAGAUGGGAAUCAAACCACCCAAGGGUGUCAUUCUUUAUGGUCAACCUGGUACUGGAAAAACCUUAUUGGCUAAAGCUGUUGCCCAUCAGACCAGCGCUACAUUCCUUCGAGUGGUAGGCUCUGAAUUGAUUCAAAAGUACCUUGGAGAUGGUCCAAAGUUGGUCAGAGAACUAUUCCGAGUAGCGGAACAACAUGCACCUUCGAUUGUUUUCAUUGAUGAAAUUGACGCAGUAGGAACAAAACGAUAUGAUUCUAAUUCAGGAGGAGAACGAGAAAUUCAACGAACGAUGUUAGAACUGUUGAAUCAAUUAGAUGGAUUCGAUUCACGAGGAGAUGUAAAAGUGAUCAUGGCAACCAAUAAGAUCGAAACCUUGGAUCCAGCAUUAAUCCGACCUGGUAGAAUUGAUAGAAAGAUUGAAUUUCCAUUACCAGAUGUGAAAACGAAACGACAUAUCUUUAAAUUACAUACAAGUCGAAUGACCUUAUCAGAUGAUGUAGAUUUAGAUGAGUUUGUGAUGAUGAAAGAUGAAUUAAGUGGAGCGGAUAUCAAAGCGGUUUGUACUGAAGCAGGUUUAUUAGCAUUACGUGAACGUAGGAUGAGAGUGACUGCUAAAGAUUUUAGAUCGGCUAGGGAAAAGGUACUUCAUACUAAACAAGAAGGAAUGCCAGAAGGAUUGUAUCUUUAACCUUUGUCUUCUUUUCUGGUUGUUUUGGAAAUAUAAUUCAAUGUAUCACAUCUUU